AUGCAAUUUUGGUCAUGGGAAUGCGAUGACGCAUUUGAUGCUAUGAUAAUUCAGGUUGCUUUGGAGCAACAACCCCCAGUUAAAUGGGUGGAUUUUAUGGGUAAUCCCACCAAGGUCAGCGGAGGGAUGGCCGCGAAUGCCCGUUUAGCUCCGAUUGUGGAUACUGUGACGAACGGACGGACCGUGGGACAUGUCGAGGACUUGUUUUUUCGUGACCCUGAUUCAUUUCGCCCGGGUGAACUGCAUAGACAUAGUGUUGAAUAUUGGGAAGCCAUCACAACGCAACGGUCUUCGGCCAUUCAAUCAGACGCUGUGCGUUGGGUACGAGAGAAAAUACCCGUUUUUGAGUUUGUUCAACAUUAUAAAGGUUCUUAUAAGGGUCAGUCCUACGAUUCGGAUCGCCCGCCACGGAGAGUUUUCCGCAACAAUCAAUCUUGCCGGCCUUUUGUGGAAUUUGUCCGUCAGACGUUGUUAGAUCGGUUGCGCACUGGCGCGGUUUCUUUGUUGGGGAAAGUGGGCGAAGUGGAGCCCCCGCACAUUGUUCAUCCUCUCACGGUGGAACCUAGAAAGCCACGGCUCUGUUAUGAUGCUCGUUAUCUCAAUUUGUGGAUGCAGGAUAAGCCUUUCAGUCUUGAUAAGCUUUGUGAUUUGCCACGUUAUGUGUCCAAAGCUUCUUAUCAGACGGUGCUUGAUGAUAAAUCUGGAUAUGAUCAUCUUCUCCUCACGGAUGAUAGCACUACGUUUUUUGGCAUACAGUGGGGUGGAUGGUUUUUUUCACGUAUAAUACAUUGCCUUUUGGUUGGAAAUGCUCCCCUUAUGUUUAUCAUAGCACCGGUCUGGUGGCUACGAAUUAUUUUCGCUCCAUUGGUGUGCCUUGCUCCUUGUAUAUCGAUGACAGGCAUAACGGACAGUUGCAAGUUCGCUUCGACAAGGGUGCUUAUGCUAGUUUUAACACGGAAGAUGAACGAAAAUUCGCGGCGGCUCAAUCGGCGAUUUUUCUUGUAUCUUAUCAUCUGAUACGUUUGGGCUAUUUUCUCGGCUUGAAGAAAUCUAUUCUAGUUCCUCAGUUGGUAGUACCCUAUCUUGGUUUUUUGGCUGAUUCUGUGUUGCAAGUGUUUCAUUUUGUACUCUCUUGUUACUGGGUUGCCGAUGAAUUGUCUUGGGAUAUUGCUACGAAAGAAGCUGUUGCCAUUGAACGAGUAUUGCUGCCAUGUCGUGCUGUUCUUUCUAAUGCAUGGGUCGAUGUUUUGGUUGAUAACCAAGCUGUUAUCCACUCGUGGAAUAAUCAAGGUGGGCGGAGUGCCUCACUUAAUCGUGCCAUUAAGCAGUUAUUUUUUACUACGUUAAAGUUGAACAUUUCCCUUCAUCUCUCCUAUGUUCCCACUGGUGACAACCCAGCUGAUGUACCUUCGCGUCGAUUAUCGGCUCUGGAUAGUCAAUUAACGGCUUCACUUUGGACUGUGGUUCAGCACGAGUUUGGUGGUGACGGUCAUACCUGUGAUAUGAUGGCCCUAGAUUCGAAUGCUAUAUCGGAUUACUUUGGUAAUCGAUUGCCCCAUUUCACGCCCUAUCCGACACCUGCAUCAGCUGGAGUUAAUGUGUUUGCGCAGGACCUAGGAUCCCACCGUUCGAUUAUGCAGCGUCCCUAUGUUUUUCCACCGUCAGUGUUAGUUGGUCCCAUGCUUCGUUUCCUCGAGUAUUAUCAGCAAUCGUGUACUAUUGUCGUGUUGGAUGUAUACCCGCGCAAGUAUUGGUGGCCUUUGCUUCAGUUUCGAGCGCGUUCGUCUCGAAAGUUAGCCUCUAUACUGGAGAUCGUAAUGCUCUCCUAGUUCCUUCGAAGCAUGGAUGGGUUGCUCAUUCUGGACUUAAGUGUGACUUGUGGGCGUUUGCAAUUUAAUCGUGUUUAGUAUUUUACUUUACUGUAUAACAAUAGCAAGUCGUCCAUUAUUUUUGGUCAUGUUAGGUUGUUGCGUAUAUAAAAUAAUCAAUAAAACAACACUUGGGCUUGGUAACACCGUUUUUGUUUUUUUCUUUUCUUCAAUUUGUUUUAGAUUUUACCUAUGAUAGCCAAAUUAUUUGUCCCGUCAGUGAAAUGCCCUGAUUGUAGCCAUGCCAAUGACAUUGAUUUUCCUUUUUGUCAAAAAUGUGGAUAUCAGCGACGGAUCCGGGCCACUCCUCGUGUAGAAUCGGGACUUCAGGUCGACCUUGAGGAGCUUGAUAAUCGUCUUCACGAAUUGUUCGAGUAUGAUCACGCUACCAAGUACUCGAAACAGAAAGAUUCACUACAACGUGAGUUGGAGUCCUUUUUGACAGCUCUUCCCGGCAGUAUUAUAUUGGCUACUGUAACACCACGCGAUGUGUGUCGUUUUCUGUUUUUUAAAGAUCAGGAUGGCAAGAUACAGAUUCAUCGAAACAGUUGUCAGUUUUUGGGUCAACGAGGACAACACGCGUGUGGUUGUCCGUUACGUUUGUCCUAUAAAACCGUUGAUUCGUACAUUGGCAAGUUGCGGUCAAUUUUGCAUGCCCAAGGUCGCUCAGGUGAAUGGGAUAAGCGGCUUGCUUUGGGUAAUCCAGCAGCCGACCAGUCUGUCAAGGAUUAUCUUCGAUGUGUUACGCGAGAGCAAUUACAGGCCAGAGUUACACCAAAGCAGGCUACUCCCUUUUUUGUUCAUAAGUUAACUCAAUUAUCACUUCACUUGCAGCGUAAGCUUGAUAGUCCAGGUCUUCCUUCUCUUCAGAAGUUUAUUAUUGCUCGUGACCAGGCUUAUUUUAAGACUGCCUUUUUUAGUGGAGAUAGACCGGGAGAUCUCUCUCAAGUAAAAGUAUCAGAGAUUUUGCGUUUCCCAAAUGAUGAUGGAUUUUUAUUUAAUCAUAUUUGGGGUAAGACCUUGAGGGACGGUGAUCAGAAUGUUUUUGGGAUCAGACGAAACUCGCACACGGCAAUUUGCCCUAUUAGGGGGAUCGAGCAGUACAUGGAUGUGGCACAGCAGUUAUCUAUCGAUCUGACCAGUGGUUAUUUAUUUCGCCCUACCACUCCAAAGGGUGGAAUCCACGAUUCUCCUUUUACUUCUGCCGCUGCUGAAGCACGUCUUAAAGCAUACUUGAAAGAAAUGAACGCAGACGAGGGCGAAACAUUACAUGGUUUUCGGUCCGGUUGUGCCAUCACGUUAGCACUCACUGGCGCAGAUUUGGCAGAAAUUAUGGAUCAUGUCGGUUGGUCUCGUCGUCAUACUGCAUGCUCUGUAUUAUCUACAGCUUGCAAAAGUUCUCAAUCCCGCUGGUGCAUCCGCACGUCUUUCAUCUUCUCGUGCUGCGGAUGUAACAGAACCAUGGAAUGA